AAUAAAGGCGCCGCCACUGGAAAAUUUGUAGAUGGUGGAUGGGAUAAAAAUCAAGACGAUCCUUUUGAUACGGAACGGAAUAGUCAAGAAAAAGCGAAUUACUAUAAUAAUCUCGGAAACUCGUACAUGGAGGUUGGAGGCGCAAAUGAUCCGAAUACAGCAGGUACAGACAUUGGUAGUGUAAAUCGAGCCAAUAAUAACACUAUAGAAACACAUCAUAAUCAUGAUUCUCAACAAAAUGCUUGGGAAAAAAUUACUACUUUUGAAGGGAACAAUCAUUUCGGAUAUCAAGUAAACGGUGAUCGGCCAUUGGAAAGAACGCCAAGUUCUUCAUCCCUUCCACUUCAACAACGACAAAGAGAACAAGAUUCCAAUUUUAAGCAUGAUCAAGGUGAUCAAGGUUCAUCUAUGUCGCGAUCUUUACACGCUCAAUCUCAACCUGAGUCUGACAAUGUCCAUCAACCAGCAGCAUUAAACACAGA